AUGGUUGUAGUUCCUUGCAGUAUGAAAACACUGGUAGGCAUACGCAUGGGCUAUAAUAACGAUCUCGUUAUACGAGCGGCAAGUGUAACACUGAAAGAGAGAAGAAGGCUUGUUCUAGUGGCUAGAGAAACGUCGUUGACGAGCAUUUACCUGGAGAACAUGCUUGAGGUGACCAAGGCUGGCGCCGUGGUAUUCCCGCCUGUGAUGGCAUUUCAUAUGAGGCCGAGUUCGAUUGAUGACAUGGUGCAGCAAAGUGUCAUGAGAAUGAUUGAUCUGCUGGACUUGAAAGCUGUUGACGGGGACAUGCAGGAUGGA